AUGGCCAGCAAAAAAGGUCUAAAAAGCAAGAAAAUUGAUGAUGAUAUUUUUGAUGAAAACAAUGAUACUGAAUACAUUUCCAAAGAUAAAAAGUCAAAGUCCAGACGAAAAGUUGAAACACUGCCAGCUUCACCUGAUGAUGACAACGAUUCUGAGAAAGUUGUUUCGCCAAAAUCAACAUCAUAUCCACCAGUACAGACAAUUUCCAAAGAUAAAAAAUCAAAGAUCAAACGAAAAGUUGAAACACUGCCAGAUUCAUCCAUGAAACAUAAAUAUGAUGAUAACGAUUCUGAGAGAGCUUUUAGGCCAAAAUCAUCACCACUUCCACCAAUUCCGACAAAAAUAAAUAUUUCAACUAUAUCUCCGUUUACUAUGAAAAAUUUUAAAAAUUAUAUUGUAAAUGAUUCAAAACUAGUAAAUUCACAACAACCAAGAAUUGUUGAAUGUGAUGCCAAUGUUUUAUUAACGGAUGCACAUAUUUAUGAGUUAAGUCAAUUGGAAUGGCCACUUCUUCAAACAAUUCAUAUUCGUGCAUGUCCAAAUAUUACACAAUUUGCUAUUAAAUAUUUGAACGAAAUGAAAACUCGAGGAAAAUCAAUCGAAGUGAAAAUUGAUUUAUCCGAAGAUAAUUCAAUUAACCAUUUAGUAAAAGCAUAUCAAUAUUUUAAAACAAAUGCACUAUCAAUACUGACUAAAGUAUUUUCUAAGACGACAGAUGCAACUUCAAAUCAUAAAAUAAAAUUAAUUAUCUAUAAUUCAAAUCAUCAUGAGGAAAGUCAACUAAUUUUGAAUCAAUUACAACAAUUUAGAAAACCAUUGUCACCCGUAGCACUGACGAAACAUCACAAGAAAAAACAUGUUAAAGAUGAUAUAUUCUAUAUCGGUUAUCAUACAUCGAUUCAUACAACAAAAGAAAAUCAAGAAUGUGAAAUUCAUGCAAUUGAAUGUACAACGCCAUUGUUGUUCAAACAAAUUACUGAAACAUUUUAUCCAACAAUUAUUUAUAUUACUCUUGAUUCAAAUUUAAGUCAUACGAAAAAUGUACAAAAUGUAUUAAAAAGUUUAUUAACAAUAGACAAAACAGUGUGCACAUCGGAUUAUCUAAUGAAAAAAAUAUUUCGAUUCAUCGUGGACAAACAUGAAUUUGAUUAUGAACAAUUUUUAAAUGAAUUAAAAUCGGCUUUGAAUGAAAUAAAAAAAAUAUCUGAACAAUUAUACAAGAAACUUAUGAAUGAACAAUUGUUAAAAAAAUCGAACGAUAUAGUAGAUGAUUUUCAACGUUCAAUGCAAUUAAGCAAGCUAUUACAUUUACAUACAAAAUGUCAAAUAUUGAAAAAGAAAUUAAGUGUUGAAGAAUGUCCUCUAUUCAAAUAUGAUGGCAAAUCAGAUAGUCAAUUUUUACAAUUGUUCUUAGAUGAUGUAAUGGUUAAUUCACAUGAAACAUUCAGUUUUAACGAAUUAGAUGAAUGCUUUAAAAAACAAAAUAUAAAUGAUGUGAAAGAAUUGUUAAAAGAUAUUGUUAGUAAACUCAUUUCAAAUCAAAAUUCAUCAGUAGAAAAUGUGGAUUUUAUCAAUAUAGCACAAGCAUAUAUCGCACAAAAACUUCUAACACAAAAUGGUUUUAUUGUUCAUGAUUAUUAUGUUUCAAAUUUAGAUUUGUAUUGUCAAGUUAUAAAUAAAGUAUUAAACAUGACGACACAACAUCCACAUGAGACAAAUGAUCACAACAAACAAUUUUUUGGACAAUUUAGUGCCAUUGGUACAAAUGCAGCCUUUUUUACCGAACAUGAUUUAAAACGAGAAAUUGGACACGAAAAUUUAAAAUUUUUCCAAACUAUUAUGAAUAAAUGGAAUAUUAUACAUUCAUUUACAGUCAAUGAUGAAAAUAUGUUUGUGGCAUCUACUGCUGUACCUUCUACACUACCAUUUCCGUUGGAAACUGUUUGGUCGGUCAAUUGGCAAAAAGAGUUAGAUUUAUAUAUCCGUUUUCAUAUUCUAAAUCCAUGUGAUGAAUCUAUACUAUUUUCACUCUAUAAAACUUUACCAUGUCAAAAAUUGUUAAUUGCAUCAACACGUAUUUUACUCAUACAAGAUGGUGCAAUUGAAAUAUUAAUUCAGUUUGAAGAUAAUGAACAGUAUUCACAAGUUUUAACAUUUCAAUUUCGUGCCAUUAAUUUAUACAGUAAUGAUGAUGAAGAGGCAAAAAAUAAUCCAGCUUCCCAAUUGAAUUACGAUAUGUUAAAUUAUACUGCUCGAGAAUAUUAUAUUCUAACAUGGGCAUUAUUAUUAAAACUGGAUUAUGCAUUCAAAGUCAAAAUAAAACGUAAUGAAACUAGUUUAACAGAUGAUGAUUUUAUGCAUGAACAAUGGUACAAUAUAUCGCUCUAUCAUUAUUCUUAUUUUUCAACAUUAUCUUCUAAUUGUGCAAUAUGUGGAAUGCGUCCAUUUGCUUCAAAAUCUCUCUAUGAUGCAUGUUCAAUUCUAGUACCAAGUAUAAAAAAUAAUUUUAAUACAUAUACGAAUAGUCGAAAUUUAUAUUCAAUGAUAAUAUCUCUAUCCGAUGGUAAUAUUUCUUAUAAUUCACUAUCAUCUUUGCGACCAGACGGAUGUAAUCAAUUUGGUAUAAUAAUGUUGAAUAAUGAACAUAAUAAUGUACAAAAUGAAUUUUUUGAUGGAAGUAUUCAAAUUGGUUGUAUUAUAAAAAAUUUUGGACUAGGAUCUGAUGAUAAAAUUACAUUUAUGUAUGGUUCAGAUGAGCAGAUUAAAAAUAAACAAAAAUUCAAUCAAUCUAUAAUUUCCAAUGAAUAUGAACAACAACAAACAGCUACUAAGAACACGGAUAUUCAAUCAAAACUUUUAGAUGAAAUAAAACAAUUUGCUGGUUUCAAAAAGAAAAAGAAUACAUCUAGUACAAUAAAAGAUGAAAACAAAUAUGAUGAUGGACGGAUUUAUCAUGGAUUAAAACUACAUAUUGAAAUACGUCUAACAAAUAAGCCCAAUGUGUUUGAAUUCAUUUUUUAUAUUAAUGAUUUUCCUUGGUCACAUGAAACAUAUAAACGAAAAUCUACAAAAACCAUGUUUCAACCAUUCUUCGAUUGUACCACAUUAAACGUCAAAAUUUCCGAACAAAUGAAAAUAUUUUCAAUUGCUGUUCAUUAUCCACGAACAAUGAUGGAUGAAGAAGUUCGAAAUGUUGAAAAUGGAGUUCAAAAAUCUAAUAAUUUUAACAAGACAAAUAUAGUAUUUAAAAAAGGCAUGCGUUUGGAAGCAAAAGAUCGAAAACAUCCGAGUAUCCUGGCUAUAGCAAACAUUAUCGCUGUGCACGAUGAUAAUCGAAUAACAAUUAAUUUUGAUGGAUGGGGUCCAACUUAUGAUUAUACGACUGAAGUUGAUAACGCCGAUAUACAUCCGUGCGGCUAUUGGGAAUAUAUUCAACGAGUUUUAUAUAAAAAUGUUGUGAUGGAAAAGCCAUUACCACAUUCUACAUUUAAUCGGUUUGAUAGACCACAACAUUAUCAAAAAGAAUUUUCUUGGCGAACCUAUUUAAGAGAAAUUGAUGCUGAACCUAUACCAUAUGAAUGUUUUUCAUAUGCACAACAUGAGGGUAUGCCAAUCGAAUUUUUUCCGUUUGGUGAAACAAAACGAAGUUUAACCAAUUUAUCAUGUCGACACGGACAUAAUCCAAGAGUGAAAUAUCAAAAAUUAUUUACAUAUGUUAAAACUGAACUAGUGAAUCAAUUACUAACAGAGCAUAAAGUAGACGAUCAAACGUCAACAACACCAUCGGCAUUAUAUGAUCGAGGUUUAGUUCUACUACCUACACCAUUUAAUGAUAUAGAAACGUUAAAAUAUCCGUGUUUAAAAAAAUUCAAAACAGAUUUGAAAUUACACAUGACAUGCAAUCAUCGAGACAUAUCGCCUAUUGAUGAUAAGAAAAUCGUGUCUGGUGGACAUUUAUUAGAUACAAAUGGUUUUCAAAUCACAACACGCUCUCUCAGUAAUGAAAUAAUUACAUUAGUAAUGUUAACUGCAAUCGAUCUCGCUUAUAGUGGGCGUCGUACGAUUUCACCAUCAACAUCGAAUAUAAUAACAAUAUCUAAUAACAAAUUUCUCAACGAUUUUUCUAUUCGUCGUUGGCUUGAAUUUAUUGCAUACAUCAUGGCUUAUCAUUCUCCAUCAUUUUUUACUUACAGAUUAUCAUCGGCGUUGUUUGCCAACUCGGCCAAAUCGUCACUACGAGAUGUAUCAUUUUCGGAUAUGUAUUUGUACGAUAAUUUAUCGAAAUUUGUACAAAAUGUAUCAAUUAAUUUUGUAAUAAGUCGUCAAGAGCGUGAAGCAAAAACAAGAGAAUGUCAAUUUGGUUCAAAAGGUGAAUGUUAUUAUUGUAAUUUAUUUCGUUCACAACAUUCAAAAACAAUAUCAGAUCUACCAAUUAAAACUCGUUUGGAAUUAGUUGAAAAAUAUGAAUCGAUCAUAUUCUAUUUGGAAUUGAAUGAUACUGAAAGUAUUGAUAAAAGUAAAAUUAUAUUAGAUGAUGCAUUUUUUGAACGAUUUAAUUCAUUAUGUUUUAUUAUCAUAACAAAUGUUAAAAUUAAACAAUUAAAAUUGGAUGAUCAAAAUUCAAAUUAUUUAAACAAUCUUAUCUAUAUUCGUUUAACAAAUAAUAGUUUAGAAGAAAUUAAUAUUGAUUUUAGUCGUUUACCAAAUUUGACAGUAAUAUCCCUGAAUAAAAAUCCUUUAAAAAAAUUACCAAAAAAUUUUUUUGCAGUUAAAAAUUUAUCUUCUGUUGAAUUUAAUGAAUUAGGACGUUUGUAUGAUAUUGGUUCUUCAAUGAGAUUUUCAUCCGAAUUAAAAUCAUUGAAGUUUCUUCAUAGUGUUUUAUCAACUUUACCCGAUAAACUAGAGGUAACAAGUAAAAAAUUAAUAGAACUUCAUGCAAACGGUGUACCAUGGUGGUCGGCAACAACGGGACUAAGUAAAGGUGAAGUGGUAAAAUAUGAUUCAUUUAAAGCAGCAUUUCUAUCCUAUAUGGAUUCAACGGAAAUUUUAUCAGCCUAUCAAUUCUAUGAUAAAGAUAUCAAUGGUGUCAUUGAUGCCGAUGAACUUAAUCUAUUAAAUGCACAUUUAUACAAAUUUAUUUCAAGAUUUCGACCGACUCAGUCAAUAAAACCGGUAAAUUCUCCUCGUACUCCUGCUGAUCCACUCAUUACAACUACAAACGACAGUGAAUCAACGAAUGUAUUUGCUUUAUCUGGUAUUCCACCAGUCAUAUUUCAGUUGCAAAAUUUACGAACAUUAAGUCUUGAAUAUCAAGGAAUCAAAUAUAUUCCAGAUGAAAUAAAAUCGUUAACGAAUUUGGAAUGGUUAAAUCUUAAUUAUUGUAUAGAACUAGAAACACUGAGUCCUCAAGUGGGAUUAUUACGACUGAAAGAACUGAAUUUAAACGGAUGUUAUUCAUUAAAAACUCCUCCUAAUGAAAUAGUUAGACGUGGACAUGACAAAACAAUGGCAUUUUUACAACGUUUAGUCAGUGGAUCUACAUCGUGUAAACGAACAAAACUAAUGAUGGUUGGAUUAGGGGGAGCGGGUAAAACAAGUUUAGUAAGAGCUUUUCUAGCGCAUAGUUCAGAAACUCCACCAGAAGUGACAGACGGUAUUGAAAUUAAAAAAUGGGAAGUUCGAGGUGAUUCUGGAGAAGACGAUGUACUUGAAUUUUCCGUCUGGGAUUUUGCUGGGCAAAGUGUCUAUUAUCAUACACAUCAGUUUUUCCUAGCUAAAAAAGCUGUUUAUGUUCUUGCUUGGAAUAUCCGUUUGGGUGCUGAGCAUGCUGGUUUAGAUUUUUGGCUUAGCUCAAUUUCAUGUCAUGCACCACGUGCUCCGAUAUUUGUUGUUGGUACUCACGCUGACCAAGUGAGUCGAUUCGAUUUAAGACAAGAUGAUUAUAGACGUCGUUAUCCUCAAAUAGUACAAUUUUUCAAUGUUAGCACAACAACAGGUUUGAAUAUACCUGAAUUUAUUGAGUCAUUGAUAAAUACAUCAUUAGCAUUACCAUAUAUGGGUGAACAAAUACCGAAAGCAUGGUUAAAUUUUGAAAUAUUAAUCGCUGAAUCACAAGAAGAUAUAUUACCAUAUACUAAAAUUGAAGAUAUUGCAAGAGAUUCGGGUAUUUUUGAUUCAAGCGAAACAUUACAAGCCGUGCAGUUUCUACAUGAUCUGGGUUCUGUGCAAUAUUUUCCAUCAGAACAUUUGAAACGUUUUGUUGUUAUUAAUCCACAAUGGAUUGUUAAUGUUAUGGCUUGUAUCGUCUCAAUCAAAGAUAGUCCUGUUAAGGAUGGUCGAUUGUUUCACAAGGAUAUGUCAAUUAUUUGGGAAAAAUAUGAUUCAAAUUUGCAUCCAUGGAUGUUAAAAUUGACCGAAGCAUUUGAUUUAACGUUUCCUGUACCGGAUCAAUAUAUGAAUCUCGUCCCAUGUCUAUUACCAGAAGAAGAGCCAGAGUAUGAAUGGAAUGAUGAUCUAACGGAUACGGGUAUUAAAGAAAUGAAAGUUGUUUAUACAUUUGAUUAUUUACCAGCUGGCUUAUUCAAUCGUGCUCAAGUUCGACUGUUUGAAUUUUCUGAUAAAUCAACAAUUUGGAGAUAUGGAUCAUUACUAAUAAAAAAUAAUCAUCGAGCGGUAAUCGUUAAAACAGAUGAUCAACAUAUAACAACAAAAAUUCAAGGAAUACGUCCAGAUAAUAUUUUGUAUAUGAUACACGAAGUCUUCGAAGGCUUAGUUAAUGAAUCUUUUUAUGGAGUUACUUAUGAUAUUGCGUUUCCGUGUCCGGAUUGUCUUGAACAGAAAUCCAGUGAUCCUUGGCAAUUUUCAGCGACUCUUGUUCGUCGUGCAAUUGAACUUAAUUCACCAUCUAUUCAAUGUCAUCAUUUAUUUCACAUUACAUCAGUAACGGAUUUACAGGCACUAAUUCCACCAACUAAUAGAAGUAAUUAUGAUUUACAUUUGGAGCAAAAUGUUCGAGAUUUAAGAACCUAUAAACAAAACAUGACUUUUGAUGUUGUUUAUCUUUAUCCUCCUGAUAAUAUUCCAUCUGAUGCGGAAAAAUCAGUUAUGAUCGAUCCAAGACAAAUUAAAGAUGAUUUAACGAAACAUGGUUUAAAAAUUUGGUCGCCCGAUUCAAUGGCUGAAUUCAAAAUUGAAAAUUCUUUUUUAAUUGUUAAAGAAGCUCGUUUUAUAAUAUUUGGAAUAUCAAGCGAAUUAGUAUUAAAUGCAAAUAAUAAAAAUCUCUAUGAUGCCUAUAAAACAAUACAAAAUUUUCUUCGAAAACCUAUCAUACCAAUAGUAUUUGGUUUAGAUCAACGAUGGAAAGAAACACCGUUGGGAAUUUCGUUAACCGAUGUACUCUAUAUUAAAAUGCAAGAAAAAAAACGUUAUGAUUCAAAAAUGCAAGAAAUUUUUGAACGUAUUGAUAAAGGUCAUUCAUCAGAUGCAUUAGAAAAAGUACGAAAUGAACCAACAGACGUUUUUAUUAGUUAUUGUUGGGCCAAUAGUCAUGACGCAGUUAAUAAAGUUAGAGAUCUGUUAUUUGUUGCAGGAACAAAACCAAGUCAUGCAUCAUUAGGUUGGAGUGAUCCAAGAACAUUAAAAGACUAUCUUGAACAACGACAAUUAUCUGUAUGGAUGGAUAUAACUCGAUUAGGAAAAUCCGGUGUUUUACAUGAUAUUGUUCAAGGUUUAAAAAAUACAAAAGUUUUUAUUGCAUGUGUAUCAGAUGAAUAUACAGAAUCUGAUACAUGUAAAAAUGAAUUUUUAUUUGCAAAAAAUACAUUACGUUUACCAGUCAUUUUGGCUGUAUUUGGAUUAGGAGAUAAAUGGAGAACAACUGAAGUUGGAAUGUGUAGUUGCAAAUGUGAUCAAAUUAAUUUUCAGUAUGAAAAUCCAACAGCAUUCGAAGAUAUUUAUAAAUUUGUUGAUAUUAAUCUACCAAAACGACAAAGUUCAGCUGUAACAAAAAUUUUAACAUCAACUAACAAAGCUGACAUCGAAGCCGAAGAAAAUACAACAACCGCUUAUCAGGAGUUGUUUGAAUUAACUCAACGAAAAUUUCUUCGUUUGACAAUGAGUAUGGCUGAAUCGAUGAGUGUUCGGCCGUUUCCUCGAUUAUUUGCAUUGGAUUUUGUUGGCAAAGAAGAAAAAACUGCACAAGAAGUUCAAAGGACACAGCUGACAAGUGUUCAGUUUGGUACUGUUGGUGAUAAGCAAAAAGAAGAAGAAGAGAAAAUGGGCACCGAUGAAAGAGAAAAAAUAGCAGAAACAGAAACCACGACAGAGACAGAGAAAGAUGAUCAAAAUGGAAAAAAUGCACAACCAGAAAAAGUAAUUAAAAAGCUAUGUAUUAGAGUAUUAUGUGAACAUGAAGAAAACUGGCAUCCAGUUGGUCAUCCAUUUGAAGCUGAGAAAACAAUUAUUCAAAAUUCAUCAUCCUAUUUAUCAAGAAUAAUGUUAUUUUUAAAACAUAGUGAAUUACCAAUGGAAAUAAUGACAUCCGAUGGUGAAGUUGAACUUGAAAAAUUAAACGAGGAUGCAAAAACCGCCAUGCCGUUGAAAGAUUCUUAUGGUUACUUACGUCGAUGGGUAAUGGAUUUCGAUGAAGCAGAAAAAUUUUGUGGUGUAAAACAGUGUUUAAUGCCAUCAGGCAAAAUAUUAUGGUUAUGUGAAGAGCAUCUACAUCAGCCACGCGUUGUACUUGUCACUGAUUCAGUUGCAUCUAACACCGGUCAACGAGAUGAAGAAAAAAAUAUGAUGAUCACAGCACUCGACCAGCUCAACGAAAAAAUUAUGAACAAUGAACUCGCAUCAUAUUUCAAACCACCAGUGGAACAAAUUCCAAACGAAGAUAAAGAAGACACAUUCGUUAGCGACACGGUAACACCACAUAAUAAAAAAAUUGCAUCAACGCCAACGAUACAAUCAGCAGCAUGUACUAUUAUGUGA